AUGGCAACUCAUAAAGCUCUUAUUCUUCGCUCUCGCAACGAGCCACUGACUCUAGAGACCGUGCUUCGUCCUGUCGCCAAAGCAGGUCAAGCGGUGAUCCGUACCCUAGCUGCAGAUAUCGUACCUUACAUGCAUCAAGUCCUCCAUGGAUCUCGAAGAGUAGUCGAAGUCGGUCCUGAUGCUGUCAAACUCAGCCCCGGCCAACUCGUCUUUUGCGACAUCACGAUCCGUGCCCGUGAUGAUCCAAAUGUUUCAAUUCUAUUUGGCAUUCAUGGAGGCGGGUAUCCCGCGGCGCAGAAGUUGAUGGAUGGAGAGUGGAGGAAUGCAACAUAUGCUGAAUAUACCAAAUUCCCGCUUGAGAAUUUGUAUCCUUUGAAUGAAGAUGUUCUCUUCAAUAGAUUUGGUUAUGCAGUAUCAGAUCUUUGUCUGAUGCCUGUCUGCUUGGUCCCAUUUGGCGGAUUGUCGGAGGUAAAUGUUAAUCCUGGGGAGGUUGUAAUCGUGGCACCCGCUACCGGAAGAUACGGAGGAGCUACCGUGGCGGUAGCUCUAGCUAUGGGGGCAACAGUCGUGGCAGCGGGUCGAAACAAGAAUGCCCUCGAAGCACUAGAAGCUACUCAUGCAUCUACGGGUCGUCUGCAGACAGUGAUUCUCACAGAAGAUACUUCCAGCAACGCAGAAGCUUUCAAGGAAGCUGCUGGUAAACCAGAGGGGGCUGACGUAUACAUCGACUUUUCACCACCUACCAUUGAGGACAGCGCGCUCCUCGUUGCAGCAGUUGGGGCUCUGCGGUCUUUUGGAAGGUUUGUCUUGAUGGGCGGGCAUUCAGGAAACAUUAAUGUGCCUUAUCUGGAUAUUAUGUUUAAAAGUAUCCGAAUUCAAGGUCGAUUCAUGUACUCGCGACAACAUGUGCUGCAGAUGAUUCAGAUGGUCGAAUCAGGAGUGCUUAAGCUUGGGAGCGGUAUUGGAAUCAAGGAGACACAGGAGUUUGGACUUGAAUCGGUUGGUGAUGCGCUUCAGGCUGCAGGAAGGUUAUCUGGAUUUGAGAGUCAUGUCGUGUUGAAGCCGUGA